CACCGGGGCAAAAAGCUCCAUUUUUUGGCGUUUGGCAGGAUCUAUAGCUCAAACCCUACAUAAAUCCAGACAUUCCCCAACUCUGGAAGCCAUCAAGGAAAAAAAAGAAAUGGCCAACAAGUUUCUUCGCCUAGUUCCGCUGCUUCGAGAAACCAGUCUAGGGGUUCCCAGAACUCCUACCCUUUCGAUCACUGUGUUGAAGAGGGCUUUCAGCUCCACCAGCCGUCCGGAUUCCAAGGCAGAAAUUGCAAACGAACAUUCCUCUCUUCCUCCCGACCAGCCGAACAAGGACAGAAGAACAUUGAUUGAUAGGACGAGCCCAGCAAAAGAAGAAGAAGAAGAAGAAGAAGAAGAUGAAGAAGAAGAAGAAGAAGAAGAAGACGAAGAAGAUAGCGUGUAUGUGAACAAGGAGACCGGAGAAAUCAGCGGCCCAAAAGGACCUGAACCAACACGUUACGGGGAUUGGGAGCGCAACGGUCGGUGUUCAGACUUUUGAUUGAUCUAUAAAUCAAAGGUUGUAUUAUCUGUCAAUUUGGUUUUAUUGAUUUGCACUGCCUUUUCUUUUACUUAUCAAGAUGUUGGGAGUAAUCUCUGCUAAGUUUAUUUGAAAAGUGGUUAAAAAAUCCUAUUUUCGUAGACAGAAUGGAUGAGAGCAUAUAAAUGAAAAUCUGUAUUCUUUUGGAAGAUGGUUAGAUGCAAAAAAUGAAGCAGCUUUUGUGAUAUGUGUAGAAAAACAGUUUUAUAAGAGUUGUUGCAGAUAAAA